AUGGGGUCUAAGGCACCGGAAAAUUGUGGUAUUUGUGAGGAAAAACUUCCAAAAACUGGUGACUAUGCUUUGUGCUCGAGCUGUGGCAAUGGCCUUCAUCUCGACACUUGUAGUAUAAAGAAGAAAACCUGGAACAAUAUGUCUGUGGCCACGCAGGCUACGUGGGUUUGUGCUAAUUGCAGGAAGCAGAAGAAAGGUUCAACAUCUCAGUUAGAUGAUGAAGAGAAUAUCCUAACCUCCAACUCCGACAACACUUUUGAGGUUAGUAGCCUAGGUGUACAGAGGGCAAUACUAGCCAAAGUCAAUUCUCUAGUGGACAUGAGGGCUAAGGUUGAUAGUAUUGAAGAGUCCAUGAAAUUUAUAGCUGAUAAAUAUGACUCCCUGCUGGCAGAAGUCAUGGGUCUGCGUAAAGAAAAUGGAGAGCUGAGGGCUAGGGUAGAGGUGCUGGAGAAGAAAGAGAAAUCAAGUAAAGAGGUGAUUAGCAAUCUCUCUAGUGACUUAGCCGAUCUAGACCAGUACGGAAGACGGUUAAAUCUCGAGAUUCAUGGGUUGAAAGUAGUUGGCGAUCCCAGGGAGGAAAAUCUUUCAAACGUACUUGAGAAAUUAUCCAAGGACAUCGGUAUUGAUUAUAAGCCUGAAGACAUCCAUCAGGCCCACCGCCUUCAGCCGAGGAGAGAUGGAAAGCCUCCCACAAUCAUCGUUCAGUACUACUCCAAGACAUCAAGGGACCUCUGGCUGAAGAAUGGAAGAAGGGCCAAGAUAAGUGAUGUGUACUUUAAUGAGAACCUAUGCCCGCAGUACAGACAAUUACUUCGAGAGGCUAAACUUAGAGCUAAGACGCAUAAUUUUAGGUUUGUCUGGUUUAGUGGCGGGCGAAUACUGGCAAAAAAAGGGGAAAAUGACAAAGAUGUAUUGGUUAUCAAAUCUUGGAAUGACCUCAGCAAAAUUGUGUAG